AAAUCAAGUUCAAUAUUAAAAGGAAAACAAACCACACUACAUUAUUGGAAGCCAUUUUUGCUAAUUUUAUUACAUUUUAAAAUUUAUGAUUUGAUUUGAAUACUAUCAUGGGCGGAGCUGUGAGUGCUGGGGAAGAUAAUGAUGACUUAAUUGAUAACUUAAAAGAAGCUCAGUAUAUCCGCACUGAGAGAGUGGAGCAAGCCUUCAGAGCGAUUGAUCGCGGAGAUUACUAUUUGGAAGGCUACAGAGACAAUGCUUACAAAGACUUAGCCUGGAAGCAUGGAAACAUCCACUUGUCAGCACCUUGCAUUUAUUCUGAAGUUAUGGAAGCACUGAAACUUCAACCAGGAUUGUCUUUUCUUAACCUGGGAAGUGGAACCGGAUAUUUAAGUACAAUGGUGGGCUUAAUUUUAGGUCCUUUUGGAAUAAAUCAUGGGAUUGAGCUUCAUUCAGAUGUGGUGGAAUAUGCCAAGGAAAAACUGGAGAGCUUCAUCAAAAAUAGUGAUAGCUUUGAUAAAUUUGAGUUUUGUGAACCUGCAUUUGUGGUUGGUAAUUGCCUCCAGAUAGCAUCUGACAGUCAUCAGUAUGAUCGAAUUUAUUGUGGAGCUGGAGUCCAGAAAGACCAUGAAAACUACAUGAAAAUAUUACUAAAAGUUGGAGGCAUACUAGUCAUGCCUAUAGAGGAUCAGUUAACACAGAUUAUGCGAACUGGACAAAAUACUUGGGAAAGUAAAAAUAUCCUUGCUGUUUCAUUUGCUCCACUUGUACAACCAAGUAAGAAUGAUAAUGGCAAACCAGAUUCUGUGGGACUCCCCCCGUGUGCUGUCAGGAAUCUACAGGACUUGGCUCGUAUCUACAUUCGACGCACGCUUAGAAAUUUCAUAAAUGAUGAGAUGCAGGCCAAGGGGAUCCCUCAAAGGGCUCCACCCAGAAGAAAAAGAAAGAGAGUUAAACAGAGAAUUAACACUUAUGUAUUUGUGGGUAAUCAGCUCAUUCCUCAGCCUCUAGACAGUGAGGAGGAUGAAAAAAUGGAAGAAGAUAACAAAGAAGAGGAAGAGAAAGACCACAGUGAAGCCAUGAAGACAGAGGAGCCACCUCAAAACUUACUGAGAGAAAAAAUCAUGAAGCUGCCCCUCCCUGAAUCUUUGAAAGCUUACUUGACAUAUUUUAGAGACAAAUAACUUAGGUCAAGAAGAAAGAAUGCCUACUGAUAAUUUCUUUAGUCUUGAAAAUGUAGUGUUUGUUAGAAUUGAAAGAGAAUUAUUUCUUUCAUCAGAGCGAAUUAUAGUGGAAAAAAGUAUAACUUGUUUCUGUCAGUAACAAAAAUGAUGUAUUAAAAAGUGAUUAAAAAGAAUCCCUUUUAUAAAAUCUAUUUUUUUUUUAAAUCUUGGAAAAAUGCUAUUUUAACUCAGAGUGAUUUCAAAGUGGAAUGCAACAAUAAUCAGGACUUGUGUACUAUAAACCCUUUUCUGAUUCCUCCCAGAUUUGUAGUAGUGAGGGUUAGAUUUAAUUUUAUAUAAGGUUUGAAUAAUUGUUAAGCAUAUAUAAUCUGAUUUGAAUUGCGGUUGUUUGCAUUUCCUGUAUGAAAACUUUCUAUCUGAUAAGGAAAUCCAAUGCUUUGUAGACCUAUUUACCUUACUUUUGUUGCAAUCACUAUUGCUGAGUUACUGUAGAUGUGUUCCGGGCGAUAUAUGAGUGCAAUAACAAUACAAGAUACUGAAUAAUUUAGCUUUAAAAAAAAAAAUCAUGAAAUUUUACAGCCCUGCUACUUUUGCUUUUGAAUCUGUUGCCAAAAGACAUGGGGAAAAUACUGCUUCUCUCAUAGAGAUUUUAAGAGCAUAGCAAGUGAAUAAAGUAGGAAGAAUAUAAUUAAUACAACUCUUCAUUUGUAUGGACCCUUUACAUUUUCAGUAUUUAAGAAUAAUGAGGUUAUUGUAAUUCUCUAGAAUUUUAAAAGAUAGUGUAUUUAGGAUUGCUUUUUCUAUAGUUCACUGUAUAAAGUAUUUGGUUUUUUAAAAAUCCAUCGUUCUGUGUGACUCUUGAUAGCAGAGACAGC